ACAUACCAGCUUCUUUUCCCACUCCUUUUCUCGUUAAUUUUUCUCCAUUUUUCUCUUUUUUUAAGCUCCUCUUCAAAGAAGGAACACGCAAAGCUUGAUAUAAAAUAGCAGAGCUGGUUUACAGUGCAUCAAUGGCAGUUUCCUCUAAUUUAAAUUCCAGCAGUUGGGAGAAACGUGCAGCAGAGUAGAGAAACCGAAAAAGUACCUACCCCAAAGAGUAGAGAGAGAAAAUGGAAUAAAAAUUUGGAGGUACCCAAAUAACAGCAAAUGGCCAUGGCUUAGUGAGAGAAAUAGGAAGAAGAGAGAGAAACUUCAGCCCAUUUGCAAGGAAGAGAAAGAAAACCCAUGUGGGUCCUCUCUCACCUGUAAAUGACAGGCUAAGCCACAGGCUGGAAGUAGCUGUUAAAAGAAGUAGAACAAGGUUACAUCACCCAUUAUCUCUUUCUCCCUCGCCAUCGCCAUUUCUUCUAUUUGUGGAUGGAUUGGCUUCUUGUCUCUCUACUUCGCAUAACCCAAGAACGUGCCCAUCACUUAUCUCUCACAAGGUAAGCAUUUCUAGAAGGAGAGGGGAGACCCAAGUUCCCUGCUUUUUCUUCUGAGGUUAGAGAGAGACAACAUGUUUGCUUCUUUUCUUCUUACAGAGAGAAACCCAAGUUCCUACCUUUCUUGGUCAUGCAUUCUCUGUCUCUCUUCUUUCAUCGACCUCAUUUGCUCUUAAGAUCUGUUACUUUCUCUCGUCUUUAUCUCUGAGGUGAUCCUUUUUCUUGCUGAAACCUGGAGGGGGAAGAAUGUGUCAUUGUUUCUCUUUCUUCAUGUGGUUGUGAAGAUAGCGUCUGGAGAGGUUGUGACAGAAAACAAACCUACAAGCUUUCUUUUUUAUUAGGUUUUGAGAUCUUUCUGAACUCUCAAAGCAUCCUAUCAUUUCGAUUUUGAGCUGAAAUGCUUGGAUUGCAUUGAAAGUUCCUAUUUUUUGUAACUGCAGAAAAGCUAUAUUGAUCCCAUUUUGAUUAUAGUGGCUUUUAAACUGGAUUGAGAUCGAUGGAAAUGAAGUUGGGGUCCUUUGAUUUGUCUUCUAUGGCUCGUAUUCUUCUUGUUCUUUGUGUUUUAAUGGUUUCCAAGUCAACUGGCACAUUUUUUCCCAUUGAUAAUUACCUUUUAGCGUGUGGGUCUUCUCAGAAUGUAUCUUCACAAGGUCAGGUCUUUGUUCCUGAUUCAUCCCCAUCUUCUCUUCUUCAAUUAAAUAAGGGCAUCACUGUAAAUUCUAGCUCUACUGCUCCUUCCCCAAUUUAUCAGUCGGCUAGGGUUUUCACUGAAUCCAGCACCUAUAAGUUUGACAUCAACCAAAAAGGUAGGCAUUUUGUUCGCCUUUACCUCUGUCCUCUUUCUCACCCCUCCUACAACCUAAAAUCUGCUACCUUCACAGUAAUCACCGAUGAAUUCGUUCUCUUGAGCAACUUCACCUUCAAAAACCAGACCACUAAUUACCUCUUCAAAGAGUAUCUGAUCAAUGUAACCUCUGAUACUCUUUAUCUCCACUUUGCCCCCUCAAACAAUUCGGUCUCAUUUGUUAAUGGGAUUGAGGUUGUUUCAGUACCUGAUGAAUUGAUUCCUGAUCAGGCUUUGGCUUUAAACCCCUUCACUUCUUUCAAUGGCCUCUCUGGGUUGGCUCUUGAAACAGUGUUUAGACUGAAUAUGGGUGGGCCUAUAAUAAUUCCAGGAAAUGAUACAUUGGGGAGAAGAUGGGAGAAUGAUCGGAGUUACCUUCAUGUCAAAAACUCUGCUCAAAAUUACUCUGUUAAUCCUUCAAUAAUCAAAUAUCAAACUGGAGUAACCCCUGAAACUGCCCCUAAUUGGGUUUAUGCUACUGCUGAGAGGAUGGGGGACGCAAAUGUGGUAAAUGACAUCUUCAAUAUCACUUGGGUUUUCACUGUUGAUCCCGAAUUCAUGUAUUUUGUUCGUCUCCACUUCUGUGAUAUAGUAAGCAAAGCGAUGAAUGAGCUCAUCUUCAAUGUGUACGUGAAUUCGGUUCUUGCCAUGCCUAGCUUUGAUAUAUCUGAGAAGACUGGGAGUUUGAAUGUUCCUUAUUUCAAGGAUUUUAUUUCCAAUUCUUCUACAAAUUCGAGUUUCCUGUAUGUUAGUGUUGGCCAGGAUAAAUCAAACCCCUCUGAUGCAAUUCUAAAUGGUUUGGAGAUCAUGAAGAUGAGCAAUGAAGCUAAAAGCUUGGAUGGUAAGUUCUCUGUUGAUGGGAUUCUUCCUUCUAUUGCAAAAAAGAAAAAUAGUAAGGUGGGAAUUCUAGUUGGUUCUGCUAUAGGUGUAACAGUUGCCUUGGCCCUACUCGCUUUCUGUUACUGUUGCUUUGUGGCUCCAAGGUCCUCUAAGCCAAGACCAAAGUCUCAUCCAUGGCUUGCCUUGCCUCUAUAUGGUAACUCUCAAACUAUGAGCAAGGUCUCCACCACCUCUCAAAAGAGUGGGACUGCAAGCUUCAUCUCAUCUGGGGUAUCGAGUCUUGGUCGUUCAUUCACUUUCUCUGAGAUAAUGGAUGCUACUAACAAGUUCGACGAGUCUUUGCUUUUGGGUGUUGGAGGUUUUGGAAAAGUCUAUAAAGGAACCUUAGAAGAUGGCUUGAAAGUUGCAGUUAAGAGAGGGAACCCAAGGUCAGAACAAGGAAUGGCGGAGUUCCAGACCGAGAUUCAAAUGCUUUCCAAGCUCCGGCAUCGUCACCUUGUCUCUCUCAUUGGCUACUGUGAUGAGAGGUCUGAGAUGAUCUUGGUUUAUGAGUACAUGGCUAAUGGGCCAUUGAGAAGCCAUCUAUAUGGAACCGACCUUCUCCCCCUCUCAUGGAAACAGAGGCUUGAGAUUUGUAUUGGGGCUGCAAGGGGCCUCCAUUAUCUCCACACUGGAGCAGCCCAAAGCAUAAUUCAUAGAGAUGUGAAGACCACCAACAUCUUAUUGGAUGAGAAUUUAGUGGCCAAAGUUGCUGACUUUGGGCUCUCAAAAACAGGACCAGCAUUGGACCAAACCCAUGUUAGCACUGCAGUUAAAGGGAGCUUUGGGUACCUUGAUCCUGAGUACUUCAGAAGGCAGCAAUUAACUGAGAAAUCUGAUGUGUACUCAUUUGGGGUUGUCUUAAUGGAGGUUUUGUGCAGCAGACCUGCUUUGAACCCUGGUCUACCAAGGGAGCAGGUGAAUAUAGCAGAGUGGGCGAUGGGUUGGCAGAGGAAGGGCAUGUUGGACCAUAUUAUGGACCCAUUUUUGGCUGGCAAAAUCAACCCAGGGUCUCUUAAGAAGUUCGGGGAGACAGCUGAGAAAUGCUUGGCUGAGUAUGGUGUUGAUAGGCCCACCAUGGGUGAUGUAUUGUGGAAUUUGGAGUAUGCACUUCAGCUUCAGGAGACUUCUGAGGUUGCUGAUCCAGAGGAUAAUAGCACAAAUCAUAUUGCUGAUAUUCAAUUGGGGCAGCUCCAACCGAUUGAUAAUAGUAUGAGCAUCAUUCAUUCUGGUGCUGAUGAUGAACCAGAGGAUGCCACCACAAGUGCAGUGUUCUCACAGUUGGUGAAUCCUAGAGGGAGAUGAGGCAAGAGUGUUGAAAUUUUAUGAUUUAGUUUUAUUUUCUCAAAAAGCAACUCAGUCCAUGGUCAGAAUUGGUCCAUCCUUGAGGAAGAUGAGCUCAAGUUAUUUGUUUUUCAUGAUAUAAGUUGUAUUUUCUUCAGGACCCAUCUUGCUGCGGUCCAAUAUGGUCAUUUGGUUGGGAAUUUGAUCUUGAUGGAGACACCCCCACACGGGUUCUUUCUUUUGUCCCUCUGUGCUGCAUCUCAUUUUUCAUUGCUACUGUCUGUAAUAUAAGCAAAUUUUUCCGGGGAGUCCAAUGUGCAAUGUUGUGUCCAUUUGUGUGUCCAUCCUUCUGUAAUAUCUCAGACCAAGCUGUGCUUUCAAUAUCCAAGGCAGCAAUGAUUGGUUUGAACUUCUUUUACAUGUAGAAACACUCCUGCUGAUAUGCUUAUUGGAAGAAUAAAGAGCGGCACUGCACCUAGGAUCACAAAUUUGUAUCCAAUCCAUAUUCUAAAUGUUCUAUUUUUUUGUUAUGCAAUUGUUUGACAUUUUUAA